GGGUAGUUUUCACGACGCUCUUGACCGAGCUGCAUGUACGGUGGCUUUUCCUGAGAAAGCGCGCGGCAUUUUCAUUCAUUCGCGAAGUCCCUUCCGCAUGUGAUUGUCCACAUAUUAGUUGUACAUAGAGGGCGAGAGAGCAAUAAAUUUGCCAGGGACUUUCGACCUUUCCGUGUGUUCGGCGGUGUAAUCGCUUUUAAUAGAGGAAAUAAUUUGGAGGAAUUAACGUGACAUAUGGCAUUGUUUUUCGUAAAAGAGGCCGUGAGGUUCGUGGAUUGUUAAACCAUUCCUGAGAGAGAAAAAAAAUAGAGAGCUUUCUCACUUAUAUAGAAAGCUUAAGGUGCGGUGUGUAUAUUGAAGUGAAUUGAUCGGAAUUUAUGAUCGCCUUGUGAGCAAUUUUUUACCCAAAAGUGACCACGAGUGGCCGGGGAUAGCGGUGUUCCAUUUGGUAAAUGAAAACAUUUCUGAGAUUUCGGGUCAGUGACCGUCCCCUUCACGCGUUUCAAUUAAAAUAAUUACACCGGAGGGUACACAACACGCAUUCUCUCCCCUAAAAUAGACGGUGGAGAUUUUUGUGCUUGCAAUCUCACCCCCUCAUAGUCAAAAUUAUCAUCUAAUUUCGUCGCAUGAUUUUACACAAUAAUUAGUCGCUCACGAGAUACAUAAUAUUUGGAAUGAGGGGCUUCUUAACAUCCGACAAUGCGAUGUGAAUGGUGAAUUAAUUAAUUUUCUCACAGAGUUGUGUGUUGUUUCAGCGGGGCUGUGUCUCUCAUCCUUUGCGGAAUUUGUGGUGUAAUAAUAAUAUUGUUUUCGUAGCACAAUUAACUGAAGAGUUUCACGCCAGAAGGUGUGAGAGAUCAGAGCAGUUUCAAUAUAAUAUGGAUGUGUUACCCCAAUGUGAUCAGUGUGCGAAGUGCUUGGAAUGAGCACCAUUUCAGGAGAUCUCCCGCAACGUUUUAUGGCCUAUUCCACGGAGGAGAUGUAAAAGACUUUCCUAAAAACUAUCAGUGAUGGAAUAUUCAACGGAAAAUCAUUCAAUACUGUGUACUGAAGGAGCUGCGGGGCUGAGAAGACGCCGCUGCUAGACGGACGGUGGUGAGUACACAAGGCGAGGGCCAUGCGUCGCAGGAGGCCCUCGGGUGAUUUCCUGCUCUGCGGAUUCCUCUCCUGGACAAUAAUGAUGAGUUUCCUUCCGAUGUGCUUCUGCCUCAACCUCGAGGAGCGUAUGAAGGUGGUGGGCAAAGUGCUGAAGGAAGUGCCUUUAAUAGAUGGACACAACGACCUGCCCUGGAACAUUCGAAAAUUCCUCAAAAAUCAACUGCGUGAAUUCAGAUUUGGCGAAGACCUCAGGCAAAUUGCACCAUGGUCAACGAGUGUCUGGAGUCACACAGAUCUCGGGCGUCUUCGGAAAGGAAUGGUAGCUGCACAGUUCUGGUCUGCAUAUGCUCCCUGUUCGUCGCAACACUUGGACGCAGUUCAAUUAGCGCUGGAGCAAAUUGACCUAAUUCGUCGCCUUGUGAGUCUCUACCCUCAGCACAUGUCACUCGUUACGACGGCCAAGGGUAUCGAUGAGAGUCAUCAGGCUGGCAAAUUGGCGAGCUUAAUUGGUGUGGAGGGAGGUCACGCAAUUGGGACCAGCUUAGGGGUUCUCCGGAUGUUCUAUCAACUCGGUGCUCGAUAUCUAACCUUAACGCACACCUGCAAUACGCCAUGGGCUGAUUGCUGCAAAGUAGACGAACCUGGGCGGGUUCCUCACAUUGGGGGUCUCUCUCACUUUGGCACGCUUGUCGUCACAGAAAUGAAUCGGCUGGGGAUGAUGGUGGAUCUAUCUCAUGUGUCAGUGCCAACAAUGCUGGACGCUUUGGCCACAUCGAAGGCUCCCGUGAUAUUUUCCCAUUCGUCAGCACAUGCAAUUUGCAAUAGUUCCAGAAAUGUACCAGAUCACGUCCUUAAACGAAUUGCGGUGAAUGGGGGACUCGUAAUGGUUGCCUUCUACCCCCACUUCGUUAGUUGUGCCGAAAGUGCUACACUGAAGGAUGUCGUAGCUCACAUAAAUCACAUCCGGGACGUGGCUGGUGUGGACCACGUGGGUAUCGGAGCGGGAUACGAUGGCGUCAAUUUAGUACCGAAAGGCUUGGAGGAUGUGUCCAAGUAUCCGUUUCUCUUUGCCGAACUCAUGAUAUCGGAAAAAUGGACUGAGGAGGAUAUUGGGAAAUUAGCAGGAAGGAAUCUCAUCAGAGUUUUCCGACAGGUUGAACAGGUCAGAGAUCAACUGGAGGCACAGGGAAUGCCACCGGUGGACCAAUCGAUUCCACCAGAGGACAUCCUGGGGCGCUCCUAUUGCCGCUACUCUGGCCCACGGACGUGAUGGUAAACAAAACCACCGGCAUCUAACAAUAUCAUGACCCACAAAAUACCUUUUAAAAGAAAAUAUGUGAUUUUAACUUUAUCUACGAGCCCGCGUGCGAAAAUCAAUAUGACUACUGGCAGGUCAAAGGCAACAACAACAAGAAUGUUUGGUUUGAAAUUUUGUGAGUGUGGCAUUGCCAAAAAAAACUAUGAGAUAGAGUGAGUUGUCCUAGUGAGAGGUAUAGCAUAAAAAAGCUUCGAUACAAUCGAGUGAAAAUACAAAAAUUUGUAACAUGA